AUGCCACCACCACCCCCAACCCCCUCCACAACCUCCCCCGACAAGCCCCCGCACCCCGUGCACCACAUCUACCCCAUCUUCGUCCCCGCCGACCUCUCCGACAACUUUAUCCACGCCUUCUCCGGCGCCACCGCCGGCUUCGUCUCCGGCAUCGCAACCUGCCCGCUCGACGUCAUCAAGACCAAGCUGCAGGCCCAGGGCGGCUGGUCGCGCAUGGGGCCCGGACCCGGCGAGGUUGUCUACCGCGGCCUCUUUGGAACUGCCAGCACGAUAUGGAGGGAUGAGGGCUUUCGCGGGAUGUAUCGCGGCCUGGGACCGCUGAUAUUGGGCUAUCUGCCGACGUGGAUGGUGUAUUUUACGGUGUAUGAGAAGGCGAAGAAGUUUUUGGAGCCGGAAAUCGAGCGCACCUGGGUGACGCACAUCCUCUCCGCCAUGACCGCCGGCGCCUCCUCCACAAUCUGCACCAACCCCAUCUGGGUCAUCAAGACGCGGCUCAUGUCGCAGCCGCCCGUCACCGCCUCCUCGCCCGCCUCGCACCACUACACGUCGACGCUCGACGCCAUGCGCAAGAUGUACCUGCACGAGGGCGUGCGCGCCUUCUACUCUGGCCUGGCCCCCGCGCUCCUCGGCUUGACGCACGUGGCCGUGCAGUUCCCGCUGUACGAGCAGUUCAAGAAGAUGUUUACCGCGGGCGCGCGCGAGGGCCAGAGCGGGAGGGCAGGGCGGGGGACUUUUGGGGGAUACUGGCGGCGAGUUGUCUGA